AUGCAGGUGGAACAGAAACUUGCAGGUAUGGACUCUCAGAGUGGUGAUAAGCAGAAGCAAGGUGGGACACUUAAGGACAAAGACAGUAUACGAGCUUCUCUUGUCGAGGAAGCAGUUAUUGUGUUUUCCACUCUCAGUUUUAGUGGUUCUCAUGUUUUCAGUAAAUUAAACCGGGGCUUUGAUGUUGUCAUCAUUGAUGAAGCUGCUCAAGCUGUGGAACCAGCGACACUUGUUCCAUUGGCCAACGGAUGCAAACAAGUAUUUCUGGUUGGGGAUCCAGUUCAGUUGCCGGCCACUGUUAUCUCUACUGUUGCUGAAAAGUUUGGAUAUGGGAUGAGUUUGUUUAAAAGAUUCCAGAGAGCUGGCUAUCCUGUCCAGAUGCUAAGGACUCAAUAUCGCAUGCAUCCAGAUAUAAGGUGCUUUCCUUCUAAGGAAUUCUAUGACAAUGCGCUGGAGGAUGGACUUGAUGUUAGGAUCCAAACAAAGCGGUCGUGGCACGAAUAUCGUUGCUUUGGACCUUUUAGCUUUUUCGAUAUUCAUGAAGGAAAGGAGUCCCAGCCUUCAGGGAGUGGCUCUUGGGUUAAUUAUGAUGAAGUUGAGUUUGUUUUGGCAAUGUACCAUAAACUGGUGACUAGAUACCCAGAGCUCAAGUCAAGUUCCAAACUUGCAGUCAUAACUCCGUACAGAAAUCAAGUCAAACUCUUUCGCGAUAAGUUCAAAGAAACUUUUGGUACUGAAUCAGAAAAGGAUGUGGAUAUUGGCACAAUUGAUGGGUUCCAGGGUCGAGAGAAAGAUGUUGCAAUAUUUUCCUGCGUCCGGGCGAGUAAAGAGGGGGGCAUUGGAUUUGUGGCUGAUUUUAGGAGAAUGAAUGUUGGAAUCACUCGGGCAAGGUCUUCAGUUCUGGUGGUUGGUUCAGCGGCAACAUUGAAAAGAGAUGAGCAUUGGAAGAACUUGGUCGAAAGUGCCGAGAAGGGAAAUGCAAUUUUCAAGGUUUCCAAGCCAUACCCUUACUUCUUCAGCGAUAGCAAUCUCAAAACAUUUGAGGUAAAGAAAGCCAUGCCAGAGAGAUUUGAAGCAGGCCCUGAAGAUAUGGCUGUUGACGGUGCUCCUGAUUUAGAUGAAAUGGUGCAAGCAGAAGAGCCUGACUGGGGAGAGGCUGGAGAUGGAGAGGGUUUUGAUGGCGGAUACGACGACUAA